CAUCAACCGGUACGGCAUAUUUUUCUUCACCUGCUACUUCUACACCCAUUGGGACAACAUUGGCAUCGAUAAAUAAUCUGAUAGACAGAAUCGUAGUGCAAACGGAAUCCGUCUUAAGCACCCAAGAUUUAAGCAUGGAUUUAACAGAACAAGAAGCACUUCCAGUGACGACUUCAUCGAAUCUAGAAAGAGACGAUCUAGCCUCAUCUUCUGAAACGGCUGAGCCAACGAUCCAGUCCCAGGGUUCCGACUUAAACUUGAACCAACGUGUCGAUGUAGAAGCUGGGGCUGAAGUGGACACGACCACAUCAAUAUCAACUUCAACGACAUCAGCAGACACAGCCACAUCGGAGUCCAUUCCUUUCAACCAGACACUUGCGAUCGUUUCCUGUGUUGUCGGGUUUCUCAUAGCGAGUGUUCUCAUGAUUAUCAUAUUUGCC